AUGCCGUCUCAGCUCUUUCAGGAACUAGCCCUGUCACAACUGGAGCUUUUGGCAAAUUCUAUUCCGUGUGCUGAUCGCCCUGGCGUAAGCAAAAUAAAAACGAUGGCUUUGUAUCUUCCUCAAGAGAAUGUCAACACGGGUCAACUAGAAUUUCUUCCCGCAAUUCACUACCCUCACCCGAGUCGAGAAAGAGUUUUUAUCGCCAACGAGGCUGCGUCGGGCGUCGCUCCCGCACUACCUCGGACUCUGACGACAUUGCCUGGAUUUGCUCAUGCUACUUCUCUGCUUCCGGGCUAUCCUAUGGUAUCUGGUGGUUCCGAAGCCAGUGUCGGCGUCGUUGAGGAGGUUAUCUGUGACCUUACCUCGGGGGCAGCAGCUUUGUCUGUUCCGUUAUUCUCUGGAUCCCGGACGGUCGGGGUACUCCUUGUGUCUCCUUCAAUUUCAAAACGCAGAAAGGGAAGCGCCUGGACCAAAGAGGAUCGAGAGCAAGUCGGUAGAGCCGGGAAGAGCCUUUCGUUGGCGCUUUCGAUGGACACGGAAAGAGCAGCAUUGCAAAUGCAAAAUGAUCGAGCGGCUCGCGCCUUAUCCGAUAGUCUACAUCAAAUCAAGAAUCCGCUCCAGGCUAUGCGAACAUACGGAAAGCUGCUACAACGGAGGAUAGCCGACCUUGGACUACUAUCAAACGAAGGUAUGACACCUCAGCUUUUGGAAAUGGCGGAACAUUUGCUUGUGCAGAGCGAUCGGCUAGCUGACAGAUUAAAACCGGUGGAUACGAUCGUAGAUUCGCUCAGCGAGCGAACGCCGUUCGUGCUGAAUCCUGCAGCUCCCACGAAAACCCAGGAUUCGCUCGUGAGCUUGGCUACGCCGCUGGUACCAUGGGAAAGUGAGACCUUGGAGUUUGCUCGCGAAUCGAAGACAUCGGGAGAACUAGUAAUAUUCAUGCCUACGAAGAAAGUUGCUGCAUCUGGAUCUAAUGGCCCAAGCAAUUCCACGACAUCCUUUUCUGGGAAUGGCAGCGAUGUAUCUACAUACACGGAGGACGACGGCGCUGGUGAGAUGCCAUCUUCUCUGUUCAGUGAGAUGGAUUUGGAAAUGUCUUUUUUGAGUGACGUUCUUGACCCUGUGCUUGCCGCCUUUCGUGCUAUCGCAGAGGACCGGGGGAUUAUGUUUUCUCAUGAUGACACUGAGGAUCUUCCUGGUGUAACGAUAUGUCCCCAGGCAUUGCAAGAAGCACUCAUCAACGUGAUCGACAACGCGUUUACAUACGUCUUUUUGCCUAAACCUGGAUCUCGUUUUGGACCAAAUCCGUCUGCAGAAGUUCGAAUACGCCUCGUACAGAACUCAAAAGGCAGUGACGCAGGCGUGACAAUCCUAGUGGAAGACAAUGGUCCUGGGAUUCCAGCUGAAACCAGAGAUCAAAUUUUCGAUAGAGGAAAGGAUCAGGCAUUGGACUGGACAUUGCGAAAACACUGGUGA